AUGAAUUUGUGGUACGGUCAUGGUCCUGGGAAGACUCAAAAAUCGGAACGGAUUGGUGGUUUUCAAAGCUCGCUGCGGAAACCAUCGAACCGUCCAUCGAGUCAAGUCUCCUCUCUAGUCUUCUCCGGGGAGUCGAACGAUUUGAUACGAGCUUUUCCAGGCACCGGAUAUGGGCUGAGUUAUGACCAUCCGAGGACCAAUCGUUGCUAUGAAUGCCACAGCAUCAAAAUAACGCGCCUGUCAGUGCCCCGAGCAUACAUCCUGGACGAUUAUCACCGGCAGAAUUCCGAAGGUGGACAGAUGGAGGCGUCGUCAGGCCACAGCAGCGAAAGCAACGAGCUGUUCCACCCACCCCACGCCGGGCAUGGCCGAGCCAUCUACGAAUCGGAUGGACCACCAGAUGGCGAGCCGAGAACGAGUGCGGCCACCCGAAGGCAUCCUCAUCAUCACGACGGCCGGGGCCACCAUCUGGUGCUCGACUGCGAGUACGAUAUCGAUCCGGCCGAGAAGGGCUUCGUGCUCAAGUGGCUCUUCAAUGGAAAAAUGAUCUACCAAUGGAUUCCGCCGCGAAGGCCGUCGUUUAACUUUAGCGAAAUCCGCCAUCAGGUGAAUCGAAGCUUCACCGUCAACAAUGAGGCACUGCACAAACAUCGGGCCCUGGCGCUGGUCCGGCCAUUGAAGAAUUUUACCGGCGAUUACUCCUGUCGGGUUUCGACGUUCGAGGGCCAAGAAACGAGGACCUCCCGGAUGACCGUUAUAGUCCCCGAGAAAGACUUCAAGCUGAAGUACUACACGACCAACAUCAGCAACCUGGUGACGGUGAUCUGCAGCGUGUACGGCAUCUAUCCGGCACCAUCUCUUUCGCUCUGGGUCAACGAGUACCAGCUGGAAAAUGUCACCGUCAAUGUUCUGCUCACCCAGGCCGAACUAUUUGACAGUUCCAUCAGCAUCCAGCUGGUUCUGUACGAGAGCAUCCGGCCGGACGACGUCAUCAAGUGCAUGGUCGGCAUCAAUCGGACCGACUAUUCCGUUACCAAGGAGACUGUCUUUGUGGACGUAAAUGCACCAGUGUUAGAGAACAACUCAAUACUGGACUCAACUAGCUCGACUGUUGAUUCCAUCCGAUUACCGGUCAGCUCCACAACAGAAAGCUACCAGACAUCCUCAACGUCAACAAUGAACAAUGAAGUGGAUGAUCCACCAACGCCAGCGUACACAAUCAGUACGGCCAGUUCUAUGGCGACCGUCACAAUUUCGACGGAGCAACCCUGGAAAGAAAGAAAGAUGCAGCAGCAUCCGGGCAUUCAGCAUCAUCCACCUGGACCUCCGCAGCAGCCAGGCAUCGUGAGGCUGAGGCCAACUUCCGGCCGGGUCCUAACAGUGGUCCAGCAAGCGUCCAACGGUGACUCCGAUGAAGUUACCAAUGUGCUGGAUUUCAAGGAAGUCCUCUUCAACGAUAAUCUACUGUACAGCAGUAGAAACGGAGCAGCAGCAACGGUUCUAAGAACUUUCCCAAUUCUGCGAUGGUGUGUUCCAAGCUGGCUGCUGGCAUCAUUCAUCACCAUCUGUGCCCACAUCCUUCUUCGGAAAUCUUCGGUUGCCAACCUACUCAACGUCAUCGUUGAUUCGUCCUUGUAAUACAGCUGCAUCGUUCCCCCCUAAAAUGUGUUACAUAAACCAACAAUUAUUAUUAAGUCUACUCCUACUGUAUACAGCUCGCGCGGCGCGUUUAUUGUAUCGCUUCUAUAUCCUUAUAAGUAUUAUUCCACGCCCUACCUUACUUAGUACCAUAUUUAGUACCAACCAUGGUUCUUAUUUGUUGAAAAAAGAGACGAGAAGACGAAUGAAGAAAUUUCUCACAAGUAAGUGGAGACGCAGCUGAUGCAAAAAUCGGAAGAAAAGUAACGAUGAGUAAAACGAAACCACACGUGGCGUGGCACGUUCGAAUCCACCCUUUCCCCAAAACGUGUCUGUGUCUAGACUGUAUGUGUCUUGUAUGUGUGCUUCAGCUUCCCUGUAUAGAGAUUUAAAAUUUAAAAAAAAUGUGUAUAGAGAGAACUUAAAUGGAAAGUAAGAAACCGGAAAUCGUGAAUAUCCGGGAACUGAGACGAGAGGAUGGAAAAUAGUUCUGAUCUACGAAACAUUCUACACGCAAAGAUUAUUCAUUUUACGUCUUUGGCUUUCUUGAAGGCUCGAGAACUGUAUAGGAUUAUUUUAAUACAGUUUUUUUUCAUCUCAUGACUGUUACGUCCAAGGCAUAUCUUUUUCUUAAGCAAUAUUUUUAUCCAAACACUUUCUGCUGAUUGUAAGUUUUCUAUAUUUUUUUUGGAUUGAAUAUUUUUCAAAUUAUUUUUGAUUUUGAUCUCAAGUUAAAUGUUUUCUCCAAUAAAUUGACAACUGACAAUAAAGAUAAAUAUAUUUUCAAAAUCACUCAAAAAACAUCUAAAUUUUAAUCAAAGACUUGCUACCAGUUAUUACCCACUAUCUAGUUUUCGCUAAAUCGAAUAAAAAAUAACUGCAAAUAUGAAAUUGAUAUCCAAACGGACUUCAAAGGUAUCAUUAUUCAAAAUUAUUUUCGCGCUAACCUGAACUUACUUAUAAUUGAGCCCGAAAAAAAACCCUCAGAAUGACAUGUGUGAGUCUUAAGCUGACGUGAGACCCCCCCCAUUUCCAUGCAGAUAUUCCAAGAAGGGUACAAGUGCGAAAACUCGAUUAAACUUUUUCCGACCGCGAAGAAAAAAACCCAUUUUCUUGGUGGGUUUCAUUCCAACUUCCCACCUUUCUCCGGUUUUUUUUUUUGUUUUUUUUUCUGCAACACAGCGCAAUUUGGAAGGUAGUUUUCCUCUUUUCGUGGUACCAUGAUGAUUGGUCGGGAAACAAAUGUGCUACAUACAGUUCAGCUGUCGAAAAUUCCAAGGAAAUGGAGAAGUUUUUUUGUGUGUUUUUUUCUGGAGAAAGCUGAUUUUCUCCCAAACAUAUGUGUGCCAUUGAUGGACCUCCCCUGAAAAUAUUAAGGUUAAGUUGUUGUGGGAUGAAUUUCGGCAUAAAAUAAAAGAAAUCCUUUAGCCAGACAAGGUCGUUAAAACGGCCGAAAGUGCUUAUGUUUGUGCGUGGGCAAUAUUUCUCUGCUUCCGCCAGUAGCACGUGUGAGGCGAUUUUGAAAAGCAGUAAAAUUUUGGGCUAGCCUCGGAUGGGUAAUGUAUAGACAAGCAGCCAGAGCGAAUACAAAAAUAAACUUUUGUGUUCAUCAAUUAAGACCAAGAUUUUCUUACACCUCAAUUUUUUUGAUUCAAAUAUGUCUCGUAAUUUUUUUUAAGACAAGAAAAUCUAGUUUUCGAGUUCUCACCCGUCUAGCUCCAUGUUUGAGACGAGCUAUCUCUUGAAAUAAUUUAAUUUUUCCUGAUAUAACGUUUGACCUAAUCAUAGAAAAGCGGAGAACGAGAUGUUGUUCACUGUGAGUCCACUGAGGUGGCCUUUAGUUAUAUGGAGGUUUUUUAAGGCCAAAAUUUCAUUGCACCCACCCCCUAAUAUUGAUCCUUUUAUCAAUGAAGCUAAUUGUGCAACAUUUUAUUUUGAUUGGAUAACUCUAAGGUGACUCUCAAAAGCCUCAAAGUUCUUGGAAAAUUGUAAAAAAUUUCAAUUGAAAAAUGCAACACUGAAAAAAAUUAACAAUUUUAUUUAAGUCAAGAUAGGCUUGAAUUGGAACAACUUUUUUGAAGUCAACAAGCAGGUUGUUUAGAACUAAGCGAAAAAAAAAGUUGCAGACCUCUUUGUUUUUCCAAACAUAAUGUAUAGGUAAGAUUGCCAGAUUGCGGUUUUAUUCGGGUUAGCCCGGGUAUUUAAAAUAAAAUUUGGAAAAAAAUCCAGUCCAACUCGGUGGCCCAAAUUUCAUUGAAAAAGUCCGGGUUUUUUUCGAGUUUGUUUUCAUUCUCAUUCUAAAAUCAAAUGAAAAAAAAAAUUGUGUUGUAAACAUUUUUUUGUGCACCUUAAACGAAAUUUUUUGAGCAAGUUUCAUAAAAAUAAUUAUUUAUUGUUUUUAAAUUGCGACCCAGAGAUGGGUCUUGACUCAAACAUUCAGUCAGCGAAACUUUUUUUUUUGUAGAGAAAUGAAUCCAACUUAGAUGAAAUUUCAGGGACUAGAUAAGAGAAAAACUUGAACCCACAUCUUGCGCCUCUCCGGGGCCCAUGUAUUAACAUUCUACUACAGGAAACCAACCUGGCGUAUGAAUGGGUUCAAGAUGUUCAAGUCUCACCGGGAGACAAGGCGAAUUUUUUUCGCAUGUUUUUCAACAUCGAUUUUCUCUUAUCUAGUCCCUGAAAUUUCAUCUAAGUUGGAUUCAUUUCUCUACAAAAAAAAUAAUUAUUUAUUUAUAAUUUUUUUCAUAAAAAAAAUAUUUCAAGUUUUUUUUCUUGAUUUUUGAUGAGUAAAUCCUCGGUUUUGACCAAAUUUGCCCAGUUAUUGCCCAGAUUUUGGUCGACAGUUUUGAAUAUAAAUGACUGGAUUUUGCCUGAUUUUUAGAUAAAACAGCCCGGAUUUGCUCGGUUCGGAUAAGUGAUGAAUAAAUUCUGGCAACCUUAUGUACGGGGAUAUGUAUGAGAAAUAAAAAAUUUGACAAAAAUAUCUGCAACUUUUCUAGUGCACUUUACACAUGUUUUUCAUCUUAGAAAAACUUUCUCGUCAACAAUCUUGAAAAUAGAACAUUAAAAAUUUUUAAAACUCCAAGAUUGUUAAAGUGAUUUUUGUAAGAUUAUUCUUCGUUCUUGAAAGAUUGGAAUGAUUUGGAAAUGCAUAGUCAAUGAAUGAACAGGGCUCAAUCAACUCUUUUUGCCACAAACAUUUGUAUGAUUGAUACAAAACGGAAAGGAAACAAACAUCUAUCUAAUGAUUUUUUUUUCUAUUUUCCCCACGAUCUGCGAACUGUUUUUUUUUUGCAUAAUUUGUUAGAGUUUUAUCUAUUAUUUUUUAAAUGAAUUGGA